GGUAAGUAUUUGAGACCGAACUUUCUCCGCGCGUUGCUCUCCUUCCCUGCCACGCUUCGUCUCACUCUCUCUCUCUCGCGAGGAAACCCUAGGCAUCCCCUCCUAUACUCCUACCUGUUGCGUGCAAGUCGAUCGGCGACUCGAACAACCAACGACCAGCAUUCUCCCAGCGGUGGCGGCGGUGCAACGCGACGCCUUCUUCCGUAUUCGCAGAUGGCAUUUAGAGGCCGGGGCAGGGGCCGAGGUGGUCGUGGUCGUGGUAUGGGUGCAAUUUAUGACACCCGAAUUGCAAAGCAUGUACCUUAUGAAGAAUUCCCGGAAGAUAUUACUUUGCCUAGUGUGCCUAGUGUUGAUCCUUUAUCAAAUGAAGUAAAAGCAUUGAUAGCAUCAAAGAUAAAGUUGGAAUAUUUCUGGAAAGGCUCUUGCUACAAUUUGCAAGAGGGAGGCUCUAAAUCAAGGAGCCAAGUUACAGAAAUCGAACGAUUUUCUGACAGGUUCAAGCAAAAGGCACAAGGAAAACGUGAAGCUCUUGCACAUUAUCUCAAACUAACACCUUCAAAUUUCCCAUCUGAACUUAUUCAAGGAUCCAAACGUGUGCAUCAUGAGAACAAGAAAUUACGAUGGGAUCGAGCUCCAGAGGAUAAGCUGUUUGAUUUGUUUGAAAAGCUUGAAGAGAAUUACAAGGGCCAGGAUGGAAAGGUGUUGAAGGAGAAAAAAGGUGAAAGUGACGAUGAGGAAGAUGCGGAAGAAGAAGUAGAAGAGGAGUCCAGUGAUGAUGAUGAUUAUAACCAGAAUAUCGAUUUUGAUGACGAUGAGGACGAUUUAAAUAUGGAGGAAGAAGAACAUGAAGAUGUGUACGAAUAGAACACUCAGAAGAACCACAGCGGAAUUCCAACCGGAGGAUCACAAUUUUCGGACUGCAGUGCUGCUGAUUUGAUGACAGUUAACUGCUGACAAUAACUUGUGAUCCCGUGGACUUUUUACAGGAGGUUUGACGGUCUUAUUUUGAUUGGUUUUUUAAUCAUUUCAAACUUGUAAAUAUAGGUUAUAUACAAUUAUCGUGCAGAUGUAAAACUAUUCAGAAACAAACCAAAUAAUUAUUUUGAGGGUUUUCUAAUUUCGUAGAGUAGUGCAAGUGUCAGUCGGUAUAGCAUCCAAGAAUUACUCGAGUGGCAAUGGAUCUUUGGAAUAGUGUUCAGGGUUGGUUCACUAUAUUGUUCCCAUAGAAAUAUCAUAUAGGCACUUGGGUAAUUUUUAUUGUUUAUCAAGUGUUUAUUGAAAUGAUUCAUUAUAUGUCUUUUGUAUGUCA